AGUAUGUCGGUCGGCCGGUUGAUAACACAGCUGCCUCUCUGCAGACCUCAGCUGUUUUGCUUUUUCCACUUUAGUGGCAAAAAAUAAAAAAAGAGUAGAGUAACACUGUGAUUAGCGGGUGUGGAGUAGGUGAUAUCACCUUCUUUUUCUCCAGCGCACAUCAUCCUCACACCCCUCGGGUUAUCUUUCGAGGAGCGUGGACUGGGAGGGGCGACGACGGCAGCUCGUGGACCCGCCUUACGGCAUCGGACGAGAGGCCGACCUGCCUGGUCAGGAGAGGACGAGUAGAAGAAGGAGGAGGAGGAGGCGGAUUUUUUAUUGGCGUAUAAAGGACUGGAGCCGGAACGCUGAGAAGAAGAUCUCGCCGAUCUUUGUGUUUCUGCUUGAUGACCGCUGAAGGAGGAUUUGGUGUGGAUUAUUAUACUUGUUAUCAUUUUUAGCAAGGGUCUUUCGGACUUGUAUGUUUUGUAUUUCCGGGUUACGCUAUUUUAUUUUGAUAGGAACUUAAAUCGGACAACUUUAAGAACAUUUGAGGGAAAGAUUUUUUUUUUGUUUUGCUCUUUUUCUUACCGGAAGCCGCGCUGAAGAUUGACUCGUUAAAGUUUAUUAUUUUUCCUUUUAACCAGUUCUCUUUAUAUCCUGGAAAAAAUCCACAUUGUUUGCUUUUUUUUUUUAAUUUUGUGAAAGAAUAGCUAAGACAUCAUGCACCUGAAAACCCUGAAGAGUAACCGCUUGUCCCUGAUCGCGUCCCCGGCGGAUCACGAUGUCUUCUUCAGGGCUGAUAUCAGAGCAAGUUUUGAGGCCCUGUUCCGCUCUUUUGACCGUGACGCCACAUUCCAGUUCUUUAAGAGUUUCCGCCGUAUCCGCAUCAACUUCACCGACUCUGUGGCAGCUGCUGAGGCCCGUGUGAGGCUGCACAAAAGCACCUUCAAUGGCAAGGAGUUGCGUCUCUAUUUUGCUCAGUCUCUUCACAUUGGGAGUCCUCGUUUGGAGCCCCCCAAGCCAGAGAAGCAGUUCUUAAUCUCUCCUCCAGCCUCACCUCCUGUAGGUUGGGAGCAAGCCCAAGAUGCCACUCCGGUGAUCAACUACGAUCUCCUCUGUGCCAUCUCCAAGCUGGGUCCAGGAGAGAAAUAUGAGCUACACGCAGGGACCCCAACCACACCCAGCGUAGUGGUGCACGUCUGUGAAAGUGACCCCGAAAGCUCAGGCGGAGAAGAGGACGGCCAGCGCAAAGUCAGGCCGCGCAUCGUUCAGACCCGUCGACCAGAGUACACCCCAGAGCACCUUCAAUGAGUCGGACUGGGCCCGGCUAUCUUAUAGCAUCCCGUUACGGUUUUCAUAAAGCGAGCCUCUGGAUAAGGCAGGUGGAGGGAGCCUUGAAUGGUCAGACAGCACUGCGAGUCUGUUGGCCUUUCCCUCGCUUCCUUGAUGUGGAGGAUACCCUUUGAGGGAAGCGGUUGAGUUUUCAAGACAGAGCCAGUCUGCAAGAGACCUGUGAUUAUUUGUUAUUGUGGGGGUAUUUUUUCUUUUUUUUGAAUGUACAUAUACAAAUGUUUGUUUAGAGCAGAAGUAGCCAAUGAUUUGACUUGUCAUUACUGGUCCUUUGCAUUGGAGACAGUGACAUCUGCUGAGUUAAUAAUGUCCAAGGGUGUUUAGAGUGUGAAAAGGUCACUUCAGGUAUUGGUGCCGGCACACUUUGGAAAGCAUGCCUAUCUAUGACUUUUGUAAACAGAAAGGCCGUUUUUAAUUUUUAUUUAUUUUUUUGGUCUCUUCCCCCAGAGAUGCUGGCAUCAUUGAUGUUAAUCAAAUCCUGAAUUAACAUUCUUUGUGCUUCUUGGUUAGCUGCCCGUCUCUGAGGGGUGCCUGGCUGUUUCCAGGGCUCUGCUGCCCAACAGUGCCGUGGCGAACAGUGCGGUUACACACGGGACGACCCGCAUUCUCAUUUCUAUUUUUUCCUUUUUUUUUUUUUGGACUCCAGCUAUUUCAUGGUGAAAGGCGGCCUAACGUCAGCACAUCUCUGUGAAUUAGUGCAUUAAGUUUUACAAGUGGGGUGUGCGAUGCUGACAGGGCUCCAAGUCGGCCUGUUGUCUCUCUUUCUCUCUGUGAUUUUUUACUGUGGGUCUUUUGUUUGUGUAUAUACAUAUAUAUUUUUUUUGUUUUAAUUCAAUACUGCCUUGAAAAUAUGUGACAGGAUCAUUUGUAACAGAGAAGGUUUGAUCAUUUUGUGAUAUGCGUACAGAGUUGGGGAAUUUGACCCCGCUGUCACAUCUUUUGCCUACACGGCUCAUUGCUGCCGAGCCAAUUGCUGCAUUUAAAGGUUUAUGUCAAAUAUGAACAUUUGGGCUUUCUGUAUUUGGUUUCUUUCUGGCAAAAAUGGAUCUUUUACCAUAUUGUGUUUUGGAUAAGGCAGGACGGACAAGGCCAUGACAGCUCUAGCAGCUCAAUGGCUGGGUGUCCCUUGGCUUAGUGGCUUUGUUUUGUUUUCUUCUUUCUCAGUCUUGCAUUCAUUUACGGGGAAAGCCUGACAGUUUUAUUCUCCUGCUUCUCCAAAGAAACUAUGGUGCCAUAAAACUGUAAAAAAAUAAAAGUCAUUUCUAUGAAUGAAUGAUAGAGAUCAUUAUCACCUUGUUAUGCAUAUCCAUAUUAAUAAGAAAAGGAAAAA